GGCGACGCGAGUUACCUGUACGCGGUGAGGAGGAGUUUUUCUAUAUAUAAUAAAGAAGUUAGCAUAGUGAGUAAACGUGUGGGGACUGAAGCUGGGCGAGAAACCAGCUGCCAUCCCUAGAAGGAGACUCCAAAGACUUGGACAGAUAAUCUGUGGGCAGUUCCUGGAGCCAACAUUCAAAGGAUUCUGAGUGAAGUGUUACUCUGCCUUCUGGUACAGGGUCUGAAAUGACACUACCAAUGCAUAGUGCAAUCACAGGUGCCGAUGGCAUCCAGACAAACAGUGAUGCUGUCACUUCUUCUCAGGACACACUUGAUAUUAAGAUCCAAAUGCCUGGAAGUGACACCAUUGACCUCCAAUUAUCUUCUCAGGAGAUGGUCCAAGAGAUUGUCCAAAUUCUGAUGGAUCGUGAGGACACAUGCCAUCGAACCUGCUUCUCACUUCAGCAUGAUGGUAACAUUUUGGAUAACUUUUCAGAGUUGAGAAGUAUAGAAGGACUGAAGGAUGGAUCUGUCUUCCGAGUAGUUGAAGAACCAUACACCAUCCGAGAAGUUCGACUUCACAUCUGCCACAUCCAGGAUCUGUUGAGGAGUCUGGACUCUGGUGAUGCCUAUAAUGGCAUUGAGUGUAACUCGCUCUCUUUCUUGAGUAGCAUCUAUGAAGGGGAUAUUGGAGAAACACCUGCAUUUGGAAAGAGGAAAAGACGCUCUGGUUCUGAUCAGCCACUCGACACCAUUGAAUGCUCACCUCCAGAAUAUAUAUUGCCAGGAUCCAAAGAUCGACCCCUAUCGCUUCUACAGCCAAUAACCACAGAUAACAAGCAUCUGCAGUGCCUGAAGUCCCUGAUGAUGAGUGGGUGGAAUCCUCCUCCUGGUAACCGUAGAAUGCGUGGAGAUCUUAUGUAUCUUAACAUCAUUACCAUGGAGGAUCGUCAUGUCAGCAUCACUGCAUCCACACGAGGAUUCUAUAUCAAUCAAUCAACUGUGGAUGAGUUUAACCCAAAAUCCGACAAUCCCAACCUACUGUGCCAUUCACUGGUGGACCUUCUGAAUCAAAUUAGCCCAAUAUUCAGGAAGAACUUUGCAGCAUUGCAGAAGAAGAGGACAAACUGUCACCCACUCACAAGGCUUGCCACACCAUUCCAGACCUAUAACUGGAUCAUCCCACACAGGCAACACACCAUCAACUGUGUGAGGGCAGAGGAUGCAUACACCUCUCGUCCUUGCCAUGAAGAGCAUAUUUCUGGACAGAUUCGAGACUGGAAUGAGGAGCUUCAGAUAACUCGGGAAAUGCCAAAUCAGGACCCAAUGCAGCGACUGUUGAAGGAACAAACAAUGUUCAAGGUAAACAGUGAUUUUGUUGCAGCUGCUAUUUCUGGUGCAAUGGCAGUUGUUGAUGGGAACAUCAUGGCCAUCAACCCAGGAGACUAUAUCAAAAUGCAGAUGUUCAUAUGGAACAACAUUUUCUUCAGUUUUGGAUUUGACAUCCGUGACAACUUUAAAGAGUCUGGUGGGGAUCAUGCUGCCUACGCUGCAUCUAGCAAUGACUUGAAAGGGAUACAAGCUUAUAGUGAUUUGAAAAUGGAUGAUCUGCACCUACUGGGGACUGUAAUAGUGGAUUACCGGGGUUACCGAGUAGUAGCACAGUCCAUUAUUCCUGGAAUUCUGGAACAGGAGCAAGAGCAGAAUGUGGUUUAUGGAUCGAUUGAUUUUGGGAAAGCAGUCACUUCUGAUCAUGAGUACGUUGGCCUUUUGCUAAAAACCUCCAAGCCCCUUCGGAUUCAGAAGCAUCUGAUUCUAAACGAAAUGGAACAGCCCGUCAUGCUGUGCUCGUCUGUGGAUUGCAAAGGGAUUGUGGGGAAUGACGGUCGACGCUAUCUUCUUGACUUAUUCCGGACGUUCCCCCCAGAUCUGAACUACCUGCCAAUAGCUGGUGAAGAGUUGCAUGAGGAAUGUCAAAGCUUGGGAUUCCCGAAGGAAUAUCGACAUAAACUUUGCUGUCUGCGACCAGAAUUAGUGGAGAGUUUCAUCCAACAUAAGCACAUGCAGUUUACAAAGCUCUUGAAGGAGAAAAUGCGCAGAAGUGACAGAAGAAAAAGUUUAAUGGAGGAUGGAGAGAGCGCAACAGAAACUUAUGGUUAUACAGGAGAUGUUGAAGAAAUGAAGGCAAUAUGUCAGGAGGUGGGCUCCAUCAGUGAUAGUGUCUUUGACAUUCGGUUCAAUCCAAAUGUGUAUUCCCCAGGUAUAAGAUUUCAUGAGUCUGAACAGGAAGCUCUGAAACUUCAGAGACGAUUGAUGAAGGACAUUGCAGCCUUCUUUGUGUCUGUACAGAUUCCCAAUUUUAUCAAAGACUGUGAGAGUCACGUCCUUGUGCCUGCAGAUGGUACCACGAUGAGAGAUGCUCUGCACAAAUAUGGGAUUAACAUUCGAUACAUUGGUAAAAUAGCACAGCUGAUAAACCAGUCAGAAAACAAGCAGUAUCUAGAGCAUAUCUCGAGACUGCUAAUCAGUGAAAUCAUCACCCGAGUGGCAAAGCACAUCAUGGUCCUCUACCUGCAGAAUGUGGAGAUAUCAGCUCUUUCAUUUGCCAUUAGUCACUUCCUGAACUGUUUACUGAGCUCCUAUUCCAAUGGUGUUGCACAUCUGCUUCCGGGUGAGCUUGCAUCACGCAAGAAAAAAAAAAAGCGCAAGGUGCGGAUUGCUGGGAAUGACGUGGCAUGGGCUAGCCUGACUUCCACAGAUCUGUGGAAACAGAUUAACACUGAAGCUGUUGAAAGCUUUGACUACGUGUUGGCUUGUGCCGGGGUCGAUCAGGCAGUGGAGCAGUUUGGCCUGCAGAAGGUGUCCCUGUUGCGCGAGUUCUGCUUAAAGGCUGGAAUUCAGAUUCUGCUGCGAGAUUACAACUUUGACAAUCGUCACAAGUCCACUUUCACAGAAGAUGAUAUUCUCAACACUUUCCCUGUGUUCAAGCACAUUAUUGUGAAAGCAACGGAUGCUGAGAAGGUUUAUCAGAAAGCACAAACUAAAAUUCAGAAAGGAAACAUUAAGGAGGGUUUUGAGUUAAUUAAAGAAUCUUUAAACCUCUUCAAAAAUGUGUAUGGACCUUUGCACUCUGAUGUCUGUGGUUGCUUGCACCUGCUUGCACAGUUGAAUUAUGUCAUGGAUAAUAUACCUGAGGCUAUAAAGAACCAGCAAAAAGCUGUCAUAAUUAGUGAGCGAGUCCUUGGCUUUGAUCAUCCCAACACGAUUUGUGAAUAUACCAGAUUGGGCCUCUACUGCUUUGCUAACAAUCAGAAUUCAACAGCACUAAGGCUGCUGUACCGCUCUCGCUACCUGAUGCUCACUGUCUUUGGAGAAGAACACCCAGAAAUAGCUGUUCUUGAUAGUAACAUUGGUCUAAUGCUCCAAGCUGCACUGGAUUAUGACCUUGCAAUUCGAUAUUUGCAGAAAAGUCUAGAAUUAAACCUCAAAUAUUUUGGGGCCCAGGCUCUACAGACUGCCCUGAGCUAUCAUCUCAUGGCCCAAGUCUAUGCAAGCAAGGCAGAAUUCCGAACAGCUAUGCAACACGAGAAGCAAGCCUAUAUCAUCUACAGUGAUCGGCUUGGGGAGACUCACCCAAAGGCAAAAGGAAGCUCUGAGUACCUUAAGCAUUUCACUCAGCAGGCAGUAAACCUACAGAGAACCAUGAAUGAAAUUUACAAGAAUGGAUCAAAUGCCAAUCUUCCUCCAGUACAGACCAUGCCACCGAGUAAAAAGUGAUACUGGAACAGCUUAAUGUGAUCAAUGGGAUUGUUCUCAUGGAAAGCAGAAAAUCUGCCGUGGAAAAAGCAACUGAGCGAAUGCGGAACCUAAUUUUGGAAGAAAUCCAAGCGUCUCGGAGAUUGACCAAGACUCUUUCUGAUAUUGGUGUAGAUCAUCAGAUACUGGUCAAUGGAAGUGCAGCCCUGGG